UAGAGCAACGUGGUUGUAUGAGGAUCAACCGAAAAUCCAAACUGCAGAGAGAGAAAACGCACCGGGGCUCAUGUUAGCACAACUCCUUGGGACAGUUCUUGGAGCUCAAAAAGAACGGCGGCCAUGGCUUUGGUGACGAAUCUAUCCUACCUAAUCUGGUGCUCUCAGCUUCAUCCCAGGAACAACCACCACCCGUCGGGCUUUUCCCGCCAAACCCCCGGUCACGAUUUGCAGUUGAAUCACCGGCCUUUAUUCACUUCCUCUUCCGCCGAUGCCUCAUUUCCCCCGCCGCCGCGUUGGACAUGGCCGUCGCCACCGUCCACUUCCCUCACCUGCUCUGCCACCAAUAGGCCCACCUCUCCUUCCUCAGAAAUUAGUUCUUCAGCCAAGAUACGAAGCGAAGUCCUUUCUCCCUUCCGGACUGUGCGGAUGUUCUUCUAUCUUGCUUUUAUUGCAAGUGGUUCUCUUGGAGGACUAAUAGCCACCUCACAACUUAUUGGUGCAUUGGGAAACUCAUCAAGAGCAGCUCAAGUCCCUGACAUUCUCAUGGGCCUCGGCAUUGAUGUGGGGGCAGUUUCUGUCUUUGCAUUCCUUUAUUAUAGGGAAAACAGUGCUAAGAACAUUCAGUUGGCUAGACUGUCAAGAGAAGAAAACCUCUCAAAUCUAAAGCUCCGUGUAAGUGAGAAAAAGGUUAUUUCUGUCAACGACUUGAGAGGGAUUGCUCGCCUUGUCAUACUUGCUGGCCCCGCGUCUUUCAUCUCCGAGUGUUUCAUGAGAAGCGAGCCUUAUACUGAGGCACUUUUGGAACGAGGAGUACUUGUGGUGCCUUUUGCUAUGGAUGGGAAUUCGCCUAGUUUUGAAUUCGACGAGAGUGAAGAGAUGGAGGAGAUGACCAGUAGAAGGAAGAGGCUUUGGCAGCUGGUUCCUGUUUAUACAAUGGAGUGGUCCAGGUGGUUGGAUGAGCAAAAGAAACUGGCGAAUGUCUCCCCUGAAUCUCCUGUGUACUUAUCUCUACGCAUUGAUGGUCGUGUUCGCGGCAGUGGCGUCGGUUACCCUCCGUGGAAUGCUUUCAUCGCUCAAUUACCACCGGUAAAGGGGAUUUGGUCCGGUCUUCUUGAUGGCAUGGAUGGAAGAGUUCUGUAAAAACAGGGUUCCUUUCCUCUUUGUAGUUUAUAAUCCCUUUGUUUAACAGGUUUUAUUUUCAUAAAGCAAUUGGGGGAAACCAUCAAUUUUAAAUUUUGAUAUUUUUGUAUAUGAAGAUGUGAAAUUUGAACGCUUUAUUUUGUUAGUUCAAGACCUGACCACUGGAUGUCCCUAAAUACAACAAAAUCCAGGGAACAUGAUGCAUCCAAUGUAUCAUUCACUUGUCUUCUCUCUUUCCAUUUGAUGUGAUGCUUGUUAUUUUGGGCUUUAAAA